CAAGUCGUCUGCCACACAAAGAAAACGUUGCUAUUAAACUUCAACCAAAACUUUAUCAGACAGUGACAUUGCAUUGCAGAGCAGAUAUCACACGGGAGAUUAAAGACUUCGAGUCAACCCUCCGUCAAGUAAAGAGAAAUAUAGAGAGACCUAUGGCUGGUUCAGGAAGAUAUUUGUUAAGGUCUCUGGCUUCUCCGUCAGGGUCGAGGAUGAACCCGAAGUGCAGAAUGUCUUCGUCUGAGGUCAAAGGCUUGAGUGUGGUUCAUGACGAGGAGAAUAUGGAGUUCUUUAUCAAGCUUGGGGAAGAUAAAGCUUUCCUUCAGUAUGAUGUUAUAGAUCCAGCCACAGGAGCAGUCGAUCUACAACAUACUGUAGUUCCUGAAGUUUUUCGAGGACAGGGAAUAGCAAAAGUUCUUGCAAAGACUGUGAUGGACCACUUUGCAACAAAGGACAAAAAUAUGAAACUUACAUGUUGGUAUCUACAGAAGUAUUAUAAAGAAAAUCCUCUUCCAGCAUACAGUGGAAAAAUAAUUGAAUAGUUGUCCAGGAAAUUAACAAAGAGGAAAUAGAUUAUAUUUUUCCAAGCCAACUUAUAUUUUUGUAAGGUAGUCAAUUUUAUGAGACAACUUUAUUUGAUAAUUUCCCAUCUUGUUGCUAAAAGGUUAAUUUGAUUAAUAAACUUCUGCUUUAACCAAAUAUAGUUUUACAGACCAUCAUCAUUAAUUGAAUUUCAAAAGAAUCUCAUGCACUUCCAUAGAAUUUGAUAUAAAGUCGGUUUUACAUUUUCUUCUUCCGUGUUCCCUCCUUGUUCCUGUCCCAAUCCAGUUUGUAAAGUCCACUAUGUCAUGCAACUUUCAUGUAUGCAAUUUUCAGCCCAUUCCUUAUAUAUAUAUAACCUGAAUUUUGCUAAGCUUUUUCAGAAAUGAGUUUCUGGUCUUCAGCUAACAUUUGUUUGGACUUCUUAAAGUCAGGAGUUUGUGCAAAGAUUUUGCUGUCCACUGUUUUUUUCUUUCCACACACACAUGGCUGAACAAGUGUUUAGCCACCAAGGAGCCUAUGGCUACAUUACCUUUUCUAUCAACCCCAUUGCAUGAAUUUUUAGGAAAAGUUAUUUUUUAUUACUUAUAAUAAUUUCAUUGUUAUAACAACACUAAUAAUAAUGAUAGGAACAGAAAUAUUCAAGGAAUGGAAUUUAUAAGUCAGAUCAUAUAGGACUAGUAAUUGGCUACUUGGUAACUAAGCACUGAUGAAAUGUAAUAAUAAAACAAAACUACUGUGGACAUGACAUGUUCCUGGUGUCAACAAAAUGUGCCAAUUUCUAAUUCUAUUAACAUAUUCAAUCAGCAAUAGGGUGAUAUCUAUAGGCUUCAGGUUCUGGAAAAAGAAAUAGCCUUGUACUUGGGAACAAAAAAAAGAAGGAAAGAAAAAAUAAACUACUCACUCACUCACUCUCUCACUUUCUCACUCUCUCACUCACACACAUAUAUCCUUCACUUUUGUCAUCUUUAUUGGGUUAGUUUCCAGACAAAUAAAACAUUUAUGCUCUAUAAAGUUUAUUUUUAAGGCAAUCAACACUUCUUUGGUCUACAUAAUAAAUGAUAAAAUUAAAAUUUAGUACAGCUAUGUAGUACAUAAUAAAUUUUACCAUACACACUUUCAGAUUCAAUUUAUGAACUUUAAUAAUAUUCUGGAUUACUCCAAUCAGAUCCACUAAUUAAAUAAAAUAAUCAUUUACACAAAAUCAAACCAUAAAACAACAGAAAUUCCAAAUGCAUCUUGGAAAAAAGUAAACAACUCAAUAUCUUUAUUCUUGUAUUUUCAACAUAUCCUGUAAUGUAUAAACAUGAAUUUGAAGAGGGAAAUACUGUACAAUCUAUUACUAUAUAAUAAAUAUGUAAUAUAAGCUUAGAUACAGUGAAAUGAUCAGGUGAAAGAUGCUUGCAGUCACUACAAUGCUCUUUGAUUCGGGCUUUAUACACAGUCCACUUUUCAUAGCAUUGUGUGAGAAAAGAGUUUACAAGAAUUAAUAUCAACAGGUAACCAAAACUGGUAGAUAUGUAAAUCAACCAUUUCCCCCCCCCCCCCCCCCCAGCUUGAAUACACCUUAACUCAUUCCCAACUAUAUACUAUGAAACAAGUAUAGCAGCCAAUAAUUUUUUUUCACUAAAUAACAAAUAACUUUUGGUCAUUCAGUCGCAAGAAAAAAAACUUUGCUCCUUCUCUCUCUGGAAGUCCUUCAGCAAGUCACAAAUAUAUACAUUUUCUCUCCUAGGAUAUUACAAUAGUAAUAAUGAAAUAAUAAUAAUAGCUGUAAUAAUAAUAACAAUUAUAGUAAUAAUAAUAUAUAAUAAUAACAAUAAUAGUUUAAUAAUAAUAAAUAAAAAAUAAAAAUAAUAAUAACAACAAUAAUAAUAAACAAAGUAGACUUUAAAAUUGAGAAGUUUAUACACUAGCCAAUCUUCUUGCAAGGCAAAUGAUAAGCACAUGGAAUGCAGAACACUUUUGACAGCAUUCAAGUUUACGACAUAAGACACACAAUCCACUUCUGUUCUUCAAAGAGCUGCAAUACUUAUUUCAGGAACUCAAGUCUUUUAUCUGAAACUUACAUUCUUCAAACCUCAAACAUUCUGAUUGUAAAAUGAUCAAUUUAUUAUUAUUCACCAAUAAUUUUUAAUUGUUUUAUUUAUAAGGCUUCCUACAACAGCUCCAACUGCUCCAACUUGUAUUUAUAAAACAAUGUAUCCUACUUAUAUUUCUAUCAUUCUCAAGAAUACCCCCCAAAAAUAAGAAUAAAUAUUUGUACAGAUAAAUGCAACAUUAACCCUAGUAAUAUGCUAUUCAGGUUCUUUUCAAAUUGUACUGAUAUUCAUUUCAAGUUUAUAAAUUCAAGUAGACUAUUGCUGCUCCACAAAUUUUCUAUUCAUCUUUCGAAAUGCACAAUAAAAAAAUGCUUCACUCAUAACUCAU